UCUGACAGCCACACACACAUGGCUAACAGCCACAACUUACUACCUCAGCCCCGGAGAAAGAAAUAACAAAAAAAAAAAAAAAAAAAACGGCAUCAGAAGGACACUGCAGGAGACCGUCCAUGGGACAAAACAAAAAGCGAAGAAGAGAAUUCCCAACAUUUUUUUUCCUUGUUUAUGGAUACAGACACGGAACCCACUUCCACUGUUGUCCUCCCAGCGUCAUCUUUUCGCUUCUCUCUUGUUGCAGGAGAGGACAAGUGUGUUCUCUCUCUCUUUUUCCCUCUCUCUUCCGUCAGCCUUUUGCAAAGCUCCGACAGUGCAGCGUAUCCCCCCACCGCCCCCCAACCCUCCACACACCGCCACCAUCUCUCCCACCACCCUCUACCCCCUUCCCCCCAGGAGGAAUAGACGGAUUACUGCUAACUGUGCACACGGCAGCAUGCAGCUGCUCUGACCGGGGCCAGCCCAACAUUGGGAGGAAGCAAGAGGAAAGCAGAGGAUGAGCGAAAAGGGUGAUGACUGUGCCGGGAGUUCUUUAGUCUUUUUUUGUCUCCCACUCUCUGUCACAACAGGGCUAAUCAGCGACCGACAAGCCCUUGGCAAAGUCACAGUAAGGGAGGUCUCUCACCCAAACAGGCAACCAACCAACGAGCCAACACAUGUACCAGGAGAUGACAGAGAGGGGGAUUUUUUUCUUUAAUUUCAGUUAGUCCCAUCUUUCCUGCUCCUCUGUGGCAAUCAGCUACGUAAUGGAUCAUUGUGAUUUAUCCAUGGUGGAGCAGCAUUUUGGAAUCUGCAGCCUGGCAGGAGGGGAGUCAGUGGAGGAAGAAAGGAUCUAAGCACCUGCUAAGAUUUCAUGGCCUUACCUUUUGCUCUCAGUGUUUUCUUAGCUGGUUUUUGUUUUUAAAUUUAAGAAGACAUUUUAUAUCCUUGGCUAAAAAACAACAACAACAACAACAAAAAAGAGUGGCAUCACUUUUUCAAAAGACGGGGACAAGAGAGAAUUUAUCUUCUGUCAUUUGAUGGAAAGGACUUCUCAGUUAAUAUGACUCAUGGCUGUUGCUUUUAACUUUUGGGAAAAUGGAGCACCUUUAAACUAAUGAGCAUCUUCCUGCACUGUCGAUGGAACUUGGGAGCCUUGAGCUGCUCCAGCCAGGCUAGGGUGGUCUGUCCUUCGGUGUGUCCCGUCUCCCCCCACCAUGCAGAAUAAUGAGCCCUCCACACCAUGAGUCCGUUGGCCCAGGUUAAUGUGCAGUCUACCUGGAACACAGCCCUGCUAGCCGUGGUUUCCCUCAUGGUGCCUGCUCUCAGUAUGUGCCAGUCCACAGGGCCGGAGUUGGGUUCCACAAUCCCACAGAACUGUCCAGGUGUUUGCUCCUGCACUAACCAGCUCAGCAAGGUGGUAUGCACCCGCAGAGGCCUGAUCAGGGUUCCUCCGAACAUCCCAGCCAACACCAGGUACCUGAACCUGAUGGAGAACAGCAUAGAGACCAUACAAGCAGACACCUUCAGACAUUUGCAUCAUCUGGAGGUGUUGCAGUUGGGCAGAAAUGCAAUCAGGCAGAUUGAAGUGGGGGCUUUUAAUGGUUUGACUAGCCUCAAUACCCUGGAGUUGUUUGACAACAGACUAACAGUCAUACCAAGUGGAGCUUUUGAGUAUCUUUCAAAACUGAGAGAGCUUUGGCUCAGAAACAAUCCAAUUGAGAGCAUUCCCUCUUAUGCCUUUAACCGAGUUCCCUCACUCAUGAGACUAGACCUGGGAGAGUUGAGGAAGUUGGAGUACAUCUCUGAAGGGGCUUUUGAGGGUCUUCAUAACCUCAAGUACCUGAAUUUAGGGAUGUGCAGUUUGAGGGAGUUUCCAAAUUUGUCACCUCUCUUGGGACUGGAGGAGUUGGAGAUUUCUGAAAACGUUUUCCCAGAGCUAAAGCCCGGGGCCUUCCGUGGGCUGAAGAAUUUGCGUAAACUUUGGAUUAUGAACUCUGCCAUUACCAUCAUUGAGAGGAAUGCAUUCGAUGACAUCACUGCUUUGGUGGAGUUGAAUCUGGCCCAUAAUAAUUUAUCGUCCCUUCCCCAUAACCUGUUCACCCCUCUACAGUACCUGGUGGAGCUACAUCUACACCAUAAUCCUUGGCGCUGUGAUUGUGAUGUAGUUUGGCUUUCCUGGUGGCUCAGAGAAAAUAUUCCCACAAACUCCACCUGUUGUGGACGCUGCCACACUCCAGUCCAGAUGAGAGGAAGAUACUUAGUGGAAGUUGAUCAAACAACGUUUCAGUGUUCAGCGCCAGUCAUACUCGAUGCUCCAAGAGAUCUAAACAUUUCUGCUGCAAGGGUGGCGGAAAUGAAGUGUCGUACAGCAGCAAUGAGCUCUGUCCGAUGGCUUCUCCCCAAUGGGACUGUGUUAACCCAUAGCUCAGCUCAUCCAAGGAUAUCUGUUCUCAAUGAUGGGACACUCAACUUUUCCAAUGUUCUCCCUUCAGACACCGGAGUCUACACUUGCAUGGUGAGCAACAUGGCAGGCAAUUCCAAUGCUUCUGCCUAUCUCAAUGUCAGCAAUGCUGAACUUAACACUUCUAACCUAUCCUACUUUACAACUGUCACAGUGGAAGUGUUAGAGCCCACAGUGGAAGAAACACCUAAGCCCAAGCCCACUUUACCCGCUUCACCCUCUGUUUUUCAACCUGUUUUCAUCUCCACACCAACUGUGCUGUUCCAAAAUACCCAAACUCCAAGGCAGGUGUCAAUUCCUACAGCCAGAGUCCCUAGUGGGCCACCUGCCAGUCUGGAUGAGAUGAUGAAAACCACAAAAAUCAUCAUUGGCUGUUUUGUAGCUGUUACGUUGCUGGCAGCCGCCAUGUUGAUAGCAUUCUAUAAACUGCGUAAGAGGCAUCAGCAGAGAAGUACUGUGGCUGCAGCCAGGACCAUAGAAAUCAUACAAAUGGAGGAAGAGGUUCCACCUGUUCCACCACCUACAUCUGGAUCUAGUGGCUCUGACGAAACAGGUUUGGUACUGCCAACUUUAGUGGAACACAACAGCAACACAUUUAAACCUGGAUAUGUGUCUUCUUCCUCGUCAUCCCGACAAGGGAGCUAUGGGGCUCACUGGACCCAGAACAACUCUCUCCAUCGCUCAGUCAGACAGCACCACAGCCACAUCAGCAUCAUUGCUGAUCCCUAUGUCAUAAUGACCUCUCACGGCAAGGAGAAAGUUCAAGAGACCCAAAUCUGAAUUACACUUCCUGUGGAUCUAUUUAUGACUCGGUCCAAUCCUCUGUUCUCAAAUCUGCUCACCAGUCCAUGCAAUAUAAUGCACAAAGAGCAAAAUGUCAACUUUCUUUUGUACAGAAGUGCAAAACAGACUUUUAUUCUUGUAUAUGCCUAUACAUAAAUAUAUAAAUAUGAAAAAUAUAUAUGACUGAAACUCCAGCCAGACAUUGGUUUAAAAAAAAAGCAGAAUAUAUCAAGAAAGAAAAGUAAUUUGAAACUAUUUUCUAAUAUCUGAUGACUUCUAUUUAAAAAAAAAAUAAUAACAUAAUUUGCUUUUCUGACUGAAAGUAGAGAGUGGUAUUGUCUAAUGUAAGUAAAGAGGCAUUUAGUUUCUUUUUUUUUCACCCCACUUAGGGAAAAGUAAAACUCUUCAUAAAGGCACCAGUUUAUAAUUGCAAUUCAACAUGCAAACUCCUGUUUUUACCGUGCCAAAUAUAAUAUGCAAUAAAAUGGAAUUCCCUAACUAAGGAACAACAACAAAAAAAAAGCAUUAGUUAAAUAACAAUAGACAUAAACAUUUGUCCUAUAGCAGCAAAAUAGCCAGGAUAAAUCAUGGUGUUUGGUAGCUAUCAGCCAAAUGCUUUUGGACUGCAGUGAAUUUCUGCAGCUAAGGAUUAACUCUGUGUUUGCUGGCGCAACUUUGUUUUUUUUUAGACGGUGCCGGUUUUUUUUUUUUUUUUUUUUGUAGCGCAUCUGAACAUGUUUAUGAUUAUCCACUGGUUCAACUGGCAAAGGUGACAUGCAGUCUAAUAACAACUGUUGCUAAAAUUUUAUUUUCUGUCAUUGGUUGCAUUUUGUAUUCUCCCUGUAGGUUUUUGACAUGCUUCUUAAUGGCUUGUGUAGUGUUUAGGGCUAAUUUAGUAAUGCAUUACAGCAGUUGCCUGACUCGUCUCUGCAAGGGCUCAUUCCAAUGCUAAUUUUUCAAAAGAAAAGACAUGUUGUGCAUUAAAAUGGGGCUUUGCUGAUGAUUCUACUUAUGGAAUUACAAAACACAGAGUAUUGAAGUCAAACAAAUGAAUGUCUGACACUGGAGUUUUUCCUUGGACCAAACUAAUAAAUUAUUUUACCUUUUAUUUUUGGCAACACUAUUUUUAUGGAGCAACAAAGGAGGCAAUGGAGGUAAUAAAAAACAUCAUUUGGUUUGCAUUUCUCUAAUCUGAAAGACUUUCAUCUGAUGUUUUUUUCUCUCCUUCUGUCAGUAUCUUUAUAUUUGUGUAAGUUGUUUAGUCUUAAAGGCUGAAGGCAGUAAUGUAAAUGGUAUCUUACCCCACACCCUUAUCGUACGGUCCUAUGCAUUUACUUCGUGUCUGCAUGAAUGGGUCUUUAAGUAAUUGGUGUACAAUGCUGCAUUAUACCCCACAGUGGGGCUCUAUGCAGGUCAGAUAAGCUGUUGGUCUUUGAUGCCUCAGCUUAGUUCUUAACAUUGAUUUCUCAGUGACUGUGAAGGGGGAAAAUACAUGUCUGACACAGUUAUACACAGAUUGUGCAUUCCUUUUCUUACAUUCUCAUCCUCAGACCUAAUUAUGUUUUGAAUCUGAUAUUAAUUGCGAAAAGAAAAAAAAAAAAGACGUGUUAACAUGAAAAAAUGGAAAUAAUAUAAAUUGCAGUGCAAGGCAACUUAAGCAAUUUGCAAUGACGCCUAAUAACAAGAAAGCAAUUUGUUUUAAAUGAUAGCUUUUUUUUUCUUUCAUCAGAUGCUGUUUGUGCCAGUGAAUUUCUGAGCAAUGAUCUUGAUGUCAUGCAGCUACAAAGCCAGCUACCAUAACUGUGGCUUCUUUCUGUGAUCAUUUAAAUGCCUCUUCUAUGAUGUUAAAUUGUUGCCAUUUCUACAGUCACCCAGUUCCAUAUAUUGUAAUGAUUUGACACAUGCUAUUCAAAGGUGUAGGUCAAUGGUCAUUUGAAAGUUUUAUAUUUCAGUGCAAUUUUUCUAAUGCUGAAGAAACUUGAUAUGAAGAGGAAAUUAAAAUACGACACUUGUGAAAAUAUUAAAGCAUUGUGAAUUGAAAGCGCCACCAAUAUCUCAUUUACAUUUUCAGCACUGCACGUGACUAUUAUCGUACAUCAAGCAGAGUUGUUGGCACCCCUGACAAAUAUUUGGGGAAAUCAUUUUUAAAAACGUCCUUUUUCUGUAAUAAUCUCAAAUUUAAUUU